UUAACAAAUGAUAUCGCAUUCAUAUAUAUAUAGACUCGUCAGAUAUGAGAAAAAUGCAGAAACAUUUAACGUUGACGAUCGAAGAACAAGAAGCUACAUAUAUAGAGAGAUGGGUGACUGAUAUUUCCUAAAACAAGCAACGAAAGAUCCUUAGCCGCCGUUACCUCGAUACAUAGCCGUGUCGGGGGGUAUUGAAUCUUGCUCUUCUAAUUCAUACCCAUCUCCAUCUUUGAUCUCUCCCUGAGCUUCCGGUUGAUUCGCAACACCUGUCCUGAUCACUAAGACCCAUCCGAUCUCUUUCCUUCAGAGCUCGGGAUUAUUUCUUCAAGGUCAGUCCUUUUCUUUUGUCAGAUUUUGAGACUUUUGAAGGAAACAAAGAGAAAUACCUGAUAUUGGUGGGGGGAUGAAUUUGUUGUAGGAGCCAAAGACUCGUGUAUAGCGUGGGCGUGGAAUUCUUCCCAGCUUCAUUGUCGGAACAUUGGUUUCGUGAAUGGUGUGAAGGCUCGUAUGAGUUUCUGGGUCGGAUAACGCAAAAGGCGAGAAUUUUUAAUGUUUUAAGAAAGUCGGAGAAAAAGCGAUACAGCAAAGAAGGCGACCCAAAAAGAUCGAAAUUCGAAACACCACCUAAGUAUAAUCGGCAAGUAAGGAUCGAUUCUAAACCCCUUCCUCAUAUCUAUAAAGCCAUAAACAGCAUUCUCAAUUUCUAUUAUUUGUUCCUUGAACCAAGCACAGGCCGUUGCUGGUUAGACUGCUACUGAGUAAUUUGGGAAUGGCUACUCCGGUAGAGCCUCCGAAUGGCGUUAGGCAACGAGGGAAGCAUUACUACACAAUGUGGAAAACGGUGUUCGAGAUCGACACCAAAUACGUGCCCAUCAAACCCGUAGGUAAAGGGGCAUAUGGGGUGGUGUGCUCUUCCAUCAACAGGGAAACCAAUGAGAAAGUUGCAAUCAAGAAGAUCAAAAACGUGUUUGAGAACACCAUUGAUGCGCUGAGAACGCUGAGGGAGCUGAAGCUUCUUAGACAUCUUCGGCACGAGAAUGUUAUUGCUUUGAAGGAUGUCAUGAAGGCUAGUCAUCGAAGGACUUUCAAGGACAUAUACUUGGUUUACGAACUUAUGGAUACGGAUCUUCACCAGGUUAUCAAGUCCUCGCAGCCACUUUCUGGUGAUCAUUGCAAAUAUUUCUUGUUCCAGUUGCUUCGAGGACUCAAUUAUCUUCAUUCGGCAAAUAUCCUUCACCGGGACUUGAAGCCUGGGAACCUCCUUAUCAAUGCCAAUUGUGACUUGAAGAUAUGUGAUUUUGGACUGGCACGAACUAAUGGAGGCGAUGAUCAGUUCAUGACAGAGUAUGUUGUCACUCGUUGGUACCGUGCACCGGAGCUCCUCUUGCGAUGUGACAAUUAUGGGACCUCCAUUGAUGUGUGGUCUGUUGGAUGCAUCUUUGCUGAGAUUCUUGGUCGGAAACCAAUCUUCCCUGGAGAGGAUUACCUCAACCAGCUGAAACUGAUAAUCAAUGUUCUUGGCAGCCAACACAAAGCUGAUCUUGAGUUCAUUGACAAUCCAAAGUCCAGGAAGUACAUCAAAUCACUACCCCAUUCAGGGGGGAUGCAGUUUUCCCAUUUGUACCCCGAAGCUGACCCUUUAGCUAUAGACUUGUUGCAAAGGAUGCUUAUGUUUGAUCCAACUAAGAGAAUUACCGUCUCUGAAGCACUCCAACACCCUUACAUGUCAGAGCUGUAUGAUCCAAGAAGUAAUUCUCCUGCCCAAGUCACAAUUAAUCUCGACAUAGAUGAAAAUUUGGGGGAGAAGAUGAUUAGGGAGAUGAUGUGGGAUGAGAUGCUGCUUUACCAUCCUGAAGCUACCUCUGCCCACGUGUAGGUACCAUAAAGCAUUCCCUUGAUCGCGGUGUUUUCUAUGAUGCUUCUCUGGAGCUAAUUCUAAUGUUCCUAUAGGAAACGUGCAAUCUUAAACUUUUUGAUUGCACUGAGAUUUUGUUUUGAGGUAUUGUUCAUUAGUUUGAGUUCUUUAAAUUGAAGUACGGGACAUGGCAUCUUGUAACUUGUAAAUAGUUGAUGCCGUUAGUUGCAGUCUAGGAAUAUCGGCUCUUGUAUAAUUCAUGUUGAUGUAUGGCAUGAUUGGCUAAAGAUAUUAUAACUCCGAGAUGCAUCAAUAAUCAUAGAUUUUGUAA